ACACGCGGAGCUCAUCAUGGCGGUGGAUUUGACUCCUCGCUUCAGGAGGUUGAACAGCCAAACAAGAAGCCUGCGCGAAAAUAUACAGCACGUUUUCUCGGGGCCCUUUGGUGCCACUCAGCUAUGGCACAACAUCAUCCGGGCCCUGCAAACCCAGGUGGAGGUGCGUCGCUGCAGGCGGCACCUACGCGUCCAUGCCGAAUGUUUCACAGGCUCGGAUGCUGUGGACGCCGUCCUCAGCUAUCUGAUGCAGAAUGUGGUGUUUUGCUCGAGUGAAGUGUCUCGUCUCAAAGCUGCUCGGCUCUGCCAAGCUCUGAUGGAGGCGAAGGUGUUCGAGCCAGUGGGCACAAAGCUGUUUCGCAGAGACAAGGAAGUGACGUUUGAGGACAGCAGCUGCAGCCUCUACCGUUUCCUGGAAUAUAAAGUGGUACCCAGCUCUUCCAUGAAGGGAUGCAGUAGUGUCACAGAAAACAUGUCACCAGAGGAGCCGGAGACUAAGAGAAAGAAGAGCUCCAGAUACGAACUGAGAACAAUCUCCAAUCCUCUUGCUGUCGGACCAUCAGAUAAGAGGGUUGAGAGGCUGCUGAGGAACAUCAACCUGCAGCCCACCAUGUCACCGGGUUUAAAUACAGCUGCAACAUCUUCCGUCUUUCUGUCCAAGGCUGUGGUAGAGGAUGUUUGGAAGCAGCAGACACUGCUGCAACUGCUGCAGAUAGUGGAGUUGCCCAUGCUGGACUGCAUCCUGACCUCUCCUUCCAGCGUUGAGCCUCAGGCCUGCAGAGCUCUUCUUCCCACCCAGGACCUGGUUAUCUCCAACACGUGCCUGGAGAGAGAGAUGCCCGACGCCCUUAACCUGCCACAGUUGGAUGGGUGGCUGUCGGCAGCAGCAGACUGUCUGGAGCUCUUCCCCGACCAGCUGAUUGUGUUUGCAGGGGAGCAGCUCCGCCAACGCAGCGAUGCCUCUGCAGAGGAUGGAAAUGCAGAGCAGAUGUCCACCCAGAAGAGACUGCUCUUUGACACCAUUGCCAAGUACUACAGUGGACAGGAAAAAGCUCCACUUCUCUCCGGACGCUACCUGGAUAUACAUGUUGCAAUUCUGAAUCUCCUUGAUGGAGGGAAGGUGCAGGAUUCCAUCAAAGCAUCUCAGUUGUGUUUGCGACUUCUGGAGAGAAAUGUGAGAGAUGAACUGCGGAGAUUACUGGCCUUCAUGGCCACAGCAGCUCACCCAGAUGCCUGUCGUCUACAGAAACAAACUGAUAAUAAGGCCUGGGUCUGCCGCACUUUUCAGAGAGCAAUUGUCCAGAAUCACGAACUGACUCGAUCCCAGAGUGAAACCCUGGUUCUGUUUCUCAUGGACAGUCACACUGAGCUCUUCAAGACCCCUACGUCCCUUAUUGAAGCUGUGAGAAGAACACUGAGGACUAUGCAGCUGGGAAAAGACCCUGAUUCAAUUGCUACGUUCACCUUCUGCCAGCAGGCGACACCGCAGGAGUACGAGGACCAGCGUGAGGCUACCACCCUGGAGAGCCUCAAACAGCUUCUACGUGAUAUUUCCUCCAGUAAGAGCAUGUCUGCCAAGGACAAGAGGAGGCUGCUCAAAGAGUUCGAAAAGCAUCACCCUGUGGUUUUCCUCCAACAUUUCUGCGGCACCUUCUGAAGCGUACAGCUGGAGGGUAUCGGUUUGAUUUUCAAGGUGCACUUGACAAAGCCAAGUGUGUGAUGGUACAGCGCUUACACUGAGGAAUGAUAAUAUUUUAACUAGAUCUGAUAAAACAUGUUGGCCUUAUAAUUCUGGAUGCUUUAAAAACUGCCAUACUUUUAAAUCUAGUGUGUAGAGAUGGAUUGAUGCCUUAUAUAAAUGUUUCCGCAGCAUGUUGUGUGGCUGCGGCCUCCCUAAUUUCUUUUAAAACACAGUGGGCUUCAGUAGUUGAGGUUUUAUUUGUCGCUAUGCUUUAAGUAUUGCAAUGGGUGUUUUGUAAACAAUGAAGUUCUUAGAGUAAUACAUGUAUUUUUCAAAGAAACUGUAGUGGUGACAAGAGGGUCCGGUGGUUAGCACUGUUUCCGGUUUGAAUCCCAGCUUGGCCAGGCACCUCUCUGUGUGGGGUUUGCAUGUUUUCCCCAUGACUGUGUGGGUUUUCUGUGGGUAUUCCAGCUUCCUCCCACAGUCCAAUGACGUGCAGACUGGGGUUCUGUCAUUUGGAGACUCUAACUUGACCGUCGGUGGGAAUGUGAGAGUGACGGUUGUUUGUCUCUGGAUGUUGACACUACAAUAUGCCAGCUACCUGUCUGGGAUUGGCUUCAGCUCCCCCUGUGACCGUCAAAGUAUAUGUGGAGUAGAUAAUGGAUGAUUGUCACUGGUUUUGCACUAGUCCAUGAAGGAUAAAUGAUCAGCUCAUCUGAUAUAAUCAAUGUCUAAAUGUGGUAGUCUCUGAGCUGGGACAUCUCCAGCUGUGGGUAGCAAGGAAACUGCACUGGUUGGUGGAGGCAUACAAUUUAGUACUUUUCGUUAGUUGAGUAACAACAGUAACACUGAUUUUAGGUUGCAGAAAUUCAAGAUUUUAUGAAAUAUAAUUAAGUUAUAAGACAUAACAAAAGGGAUCACUGGAAAACGUUGUAUUGAGGCUGGGAAACAGCUAAUGUUCCAACUGUUGUGUAUCUUGCAGUUUUGGAAAAGCGAUUGUGCACUUUGAUAAGGAAUUCAUAUUCAUACAUAUCUAGUGAAGAAUAGCAAUAAUAUAGAAGCCAUUUUCUUUUGGUUUUGAAGUUUUACUGUAGCUUGCUAUUGUGCGUUUGGAGAAAAAAAACACUAAUGUAGCUGAAGUUUAACACAGGAUGUAAAUUGUUUUUGUCAGAGAUGAAGCACAAUGUUUUCCUCCUGAGAAUGAAUAUGAAAUGUGUUAAGCUAACAGUAGCUCAGGUUAAUAUGCUGUUUAUUAUUUUAAUGGUGAUUUUAGUCGCAGUAACUUGGUCAAAUAUGUUGGAGUUUUAACUUUGUAGGAUUUUACAUGAACGAUGAAUAUUAAAAGGCUAAUAAUCUAAUCUUUGGUGAAGCACAGUACCACGCUCAUUAAAACAAAAGUUGCUCUCAAAUCGUCAGACAGCAUCUUUUGUUGUGUGUGCCAACACUAAAAUCAUGUUAGAAUGCACUUUAUAAUGCGGAAACAUGCUUUAUUUUCUGUUCGAAUAAAAUGUGCAAU